AUGGACGCCGCCGACCUCAAGCUGGAUGAGGGCAUCAUCCUGGAAGGCGAGGCGCUGGGCCGCAUGUUCAAGCGCGGGUUCCAGGACGCGGUGCACGCCGCGGAGAAGAAGGUGGUACAAGCGCUGGGCGCCCUCCGGCUGCCGGAGGACUUCGCUUGGCAAAUGGUUGGCAAGCGUAUCAAGAAGAUCCUCGAGACGCGCUUCUACAACCGUGUCUUUCUGGACAAAGAGGCGUGCGUGUCAUCCAUGGGGCGGGAGCGGCUUGCAAAGGUCAUCGUGCAUCCAGUGGACCCGCCGCGCGUCGUCUGGAACCUGGGGCUAUUAGCAGACAGGGGCACGUCCCGAAGCGAGAUGGACACGCUCGCGGAACAGGCGCUGGGC